AUGCAAUCAAAUCAAUCACAGAGUUUUAAAAUUGCCUUCUUCCAAAAUUCAGAGGAAAGGAUUAUGAUUCAUCAAAAUUUGAGUGAAUUCACACCUACUUCACUGUGCCGUCUCAUGGAUGUGUCCCACCAUAUUCUGAUGUACAUAUCAAAUAGCUUUGAAAAUGUGCAAAAUGAAGCCUUUUCCUGGCGAACCACGAAUCUGUGGGUGGUAUGGUCCAUAGGCAAUUAUCCCAAACAGGCCGUGGUUGAGAUAAUCAAAAAGAAAAACAAGCACAUUACUGGAUAUGGUCACUAUGAAAUUGAGGAUUCUCUGGAGGCAGAAUACAAAAAUCCUCAAGAAUCAGAAAACCAAGGGGAUGCCUGGAAGGUCUUUGUAAAUUCACAAUCGACUGCUUUGCACGAGAUUACUACAUUCAGACUGAAAUGGGAACCCCAGCCGAUACAUUAA